CUCAGCCACGGCUCUUUCUGGCGAGAUGAAGUACACCAUCUUCUUCUUUUCCCUGCUUCUCAUCCUUGAGAAGCAAGCAGCCGGGUCAAGACAUGUUGAUAUUCACACACUCUGGCACCUUUUCCUGAAGGAAUUGGAGUGGUGGUAUGGGGAAGAAUCAGGUAGCAAUGAAAUUGCAAGCUUGGAAACCCUUUCCCCCAUGAGAACAGAAGAGCAUCGCAAGAAUUCAGAACUCAUCCACCCCUGGAGUAACAGCAUCAUCUCAGUUCCUGCUGAAGGUCACAUACCUGUCCAAGAGCAGAGUCAAAUACCUAAUAAAGAUGUUCCACUAAAACAUCAUCCCCUUGGAAACAAAGGUUUAGGUAAACUUCCAAAAACUAGCAAAGAUCAUGUUCCAGGGAAGGAGCAAAAGUCUGGUGAAAGUCAAGAUUCAGCGGAAGAUCAGGAAACUGACACGGAUCAUCAUCCAGUGAGAGAGAAUGAGCUGUCUGCAGAGCUUCCAGGCAAAGAUGCGGGAGACUGUGAAGGUCAUGUUCAUUCAAAAGAGGAAGAUUCUGUCGAAGAGCAAACUCAAGUCAUAGAUCCAGAAACUAGCAAAGAACACAUUCUGUUGAAAGAGCAACAACCUUUGGCUGGACAAGUUCCCGACAAAGAUCAAGAAACAAGAAAAGAUCAUUUUCCUGCAAAUGUGCAAGACCCUGUUGAAGAGCAAAUUCCAGUCAAAGAUCAGGAAGCUAGCAAAGAUCUCACUCCACUGAAACAGCAAGAGCCUUCCUUAGAACAUGUUCCAGCUGUAGAUCAGGUAACAGGCAACGAUCAAGAUCAUGCCAAAGAGCAGCAUCCUGUUGAAGCACAAAUUCCUAUAACCAGUCAAGAAAUGAAGAGAGAGCAGGUGCCACUGAAUGACCAAAGUCCUGUUAAAAGACAAGGUCCAACAAUCAGUCAGGGAACUAGCAAAGACCACAUUCCAGUGAGAGAGCAGGAGCCUGCUGCAGAAAUUGUUCCAGGAAAAGAUAAGGAAUCCAGCAAAUAUCCUGUUGUUGCACCAGAGCAGGAUGCUGUUGAAGGACAAAGUCCAGUCAAAGGUCAGGAAGCUAGCAAAGAUUUCAUUCCAUUGAAAGGGCAAGAGAAUUUUGAAGAACAAGAUACAACCAAAGAUCAAGAACCAAGCAAACAUCAGGAUCCAGUGAAACAGCAAGAUCCUGUUGAAGCACAACUUCCUGAGACUGGUCACGGAAUUGGCAUACAGCAAGUCCCGUUGAAAGACCAACUUCCAGCUGAAGGACAAAGUCCAGUAACAGGUCUGGAAGCUAGCAAAGACCAUAUUCCUGUGAAACAGCCAGAGCCUGAAGACGGACAAGUUCCAACCAAUGAUCAGGAAACUAGCAAAGAUCAUGUUCCAAUGAAUGAGCAACAGCCUGUUGAACAACAAGAUCCAGCCAACAAUCAGGAAACCAGCAAAGACCACACACCAGUCAAAGAGCAAGACCCUGCUAAAGGGCAGAUUCCAGGUAAAGGUCAGAAAGCCAGUAUUCCUUCAAAGGAGCAAGAUACAGUUGAAGAACAAGUUCCAGGGACUGGUCUAGAAAGCAGCAAAGACCAGGUUCCAGUGAAGGAACAAAAGCCUGCUGGAGGACAGGUUCCAAGCAAAUAUCAAGAAGCUCGCAAAGAUCGUGUCCUGGCAAAGGAGGAAGAGUCUUCUGUGGGACAAAUUCCAGUAAAGGAUAAGAAAAGUGGCAAAGAUGUGAUUCCACUGAAAGACCAAGAGGCUGGUGAAGGACAAGUUCCAGCUGCAGAUCAGGAAACUUCCAAGGAUCACGUUUCAGAGAAACAGCAACAGCGUGUUGCAGAACAAGUUCCAGGCAAAUAUCAGAAAGCCAGCGUAGAUCACAUUCCUGCAAAGGGGCAAGAAUCACCUGAAGGACAAGCUGCAGUCUCUGGUCUGGAAGCUAGCAAAGAUCAGGUUCUGAUGAAAGAGCAAACGCCUGGUGAGGAACAGGUUCCAGGCAAAUAUCCAGAAGCUAGUAAAGAUCAUGCCCCGGCAAAGAAGCAAGAUUCUGUUGUAGGACAAAUUCCAGUAAAGGAUCAGGAAACUGGAAAAGAUGUGAUUCCACUGAAAGACCAAGAGGCUGGUGAAGGACAAGUUCCAGCUGCAGAUCAGGAAACCAGCAAAGACCAUGUACCAGAGAAAGUGCAACAGCGUGUUGCAGAACAACUUCCAGGCAAAGAUCAGAAAGCCAGCGUAGAUCACAUUCCUGCAAAGGAGCAAGAAUCACCUGAAGGACAAGCUCCAGCCGCAGAUCAGGAAACCAGCAAAGACCAUGUACCAGAGAAACAGCAACAGCGUGUUGAAACACACCUUGGUAUGACUGGUCAGGAAUCUACAACAGAGCAAUUUCCACCGAAAGACAAAUAUCCUGUUUAUGUGCAAGUUCCAGUGGCCAGUCAGGAAACUAGCAAGGAUCAUGUUCCAGUGAAAGACCAAGAGCUUGGUAAAGGGCAGGUUCCAGUCAAAGAUCAGGAAGCUUCUAAUGAUCACGUUCCAGAGAAAGAGCCACAGCCUACUGCAGAACAGCUUUCAGGCAAAGAUCAGAAAGCCAGCGUAGAUCACAUUCCUGCGAAAGAGCAAGAUUCUGUUGAAGGAAAAAUUGCAGCCAAAGGUCAGGAAACUAGCACAGAUCAUCUCCCAGCAAAGGAGCAAGAGCCUUCUGAAGCACAAGCUCCAGGCACAGAUCAGGGGAGCAGUAGAGAUCUAGCUCCCUCAAAACCACAAGAACCUGUCGUAGCAGAAGCUCCUGUAAGUGGUCAGGAAAGCGCAAAAGAGCAACCUCCACUGGAAGACCAAGAUCCUGUUCAUGGACAAGAUCCAGCAACCAGGCAGGAAGAAGGCAAAGUUCAUGUGCCAGUGAAAGAUCAAGAUCUCGUUCUAGGACAAGUUCCAGGAAAAGAUCAGGAAACUAGCAAAGAUCGUGUUCCGUUGACAGAGCGACGCCCUGUUGAGAGACAAGCCCCGGCCAAUGCUCAAGAACCUAUCAAAGAUCCUGUCAAAGCCCAAGUUGCUGCAAAACAUGAAACUAGUAAAGAUCAUGUUCCAGUGAAUGAGCAAGAUCCUGUGAAUGAAAAAGCUUCAACUAGAAGUCUUGAGACCAUGAAUGAUCACGUUCCAGUCAAUGUUGAAAGAGACAUUCCAGGUAAAGAUCAACCAACUGUCCAAGGCAAAGUUCCAUUCAGAAAACAGCAACUUUCAAGAGGAAAAGUUCCAGUCAAAUGUAAAAAACUCAACAAAGGUCGCAAAACUGUCAGAAGCCGUGUUCCUGUCAAAGCAAAAGGUAGUGCGAAAGGUCCAGAUACUGCGGUACAGCAGGUGAAACAGAUUGCUGGGACGACACCAUAACCACCAUCCCUAGGAAAGCCACUUAGAGUCCUGGCUGCUCUAUACCAGCUCUGCUAACACAGCGAGGAAGCAGACGAUGGCUUGAGUGGCUGGGCGCCUGGCACUCACAAGGGAGACCCAGAUGCAGUUCCAGGCUCCUGGCUUCAACCUGGCCCAGCCCUGCUGUUGUAGCUAUUUGGGAGAGUAAACUAGUGGCUGAAAGAUCUCUCUCUCCUUUCUCUCUCUCUCUCUCUCCCUCUUUACCCCUCCCUCGUUACCUCCCUCUCCCUCUUCCUCUCUCUCUCUCUGCCCCUCAAAUAUAUAAAUAAAUA